UAUUAAGAGUUUGUAUACUAGUUUUAUGAAGUAUCUGGAUACGGACCUAUGAAGUCUCCCUAUUUGGAGAGGGAGGAGUUUUCCGUUGGAAAAGGUUUGAAGCAGAGGCAGAGUUCCGUCUUGUUCGAAAAAAAAUGGAUGGUUGUUUUGGCCAAUUUGUGUUAAUGCAAUGAAAGCUACGUAUAAUAAUUUUCCAAUUGUUGAUUCCUGCAACAAGCUUAGACUUAAAAGAGUUAAAGUAACUGGAGAAAAAGAACUAUGUGCAGAAUUUAAUUUCACAACUAAAGAGGACUCCAAAGGAGAAUUAAAGUUCUGGUGGAUCAAAGAUCGAGGAAUGAAUUGGUUUUCACUGGUUGGCAUCUUAUGAACGAAGUACAUAAUAUGAUUUAAAUUGAUGAUUUAAAGUUACACCUAUUGAAUCAACAAAUAAUUAUUAAAAUGGUAAAAUGCCACGUAUGUUCUGGGGACGCUUCCCUAUCUGGAACCAUAUGUGCCCUGUGUAACAAAUUAAUAGACAUCCAAUGCCAUGGAGGAACAGAUGGGGAUGGCUAUGUUGUGUGUAAAGUAUGUGCAGGUUGUUGCAAAGUUUCCCCAACAAAAAAAGACUAAAUAAUUGGUAAAGGUAUUCAAAAAAUGACUAAAGAAAAAAUAGAGGAGAUUGCUUCUUCUCACUUACUUAAAUAUAUAUUUUCUGGUCAGGUUUUCAGUUACAGGCACAAUUUAUUUUAUUCAGGAAAAGAAAGCAAAAGAAAUUUAUGUGAUCAAGAACUUAUAGACAUAUUAAAUGAGGAUCAGCAACACAAUCUAUAUAGUGCUUUGGCUCGAUCAUAUAAUUCUAUAAAACAUAAUGAAUACGUUUUCAAAGUAUUGGUUCCAGAAGCCAUUAUUUAUCUAUUUGCCAAGGUUGAGGGCAUGUCAAGAAUUCAAGCUGAAGUUUUAAUAAUGACUUAUAUUUCUGAUAGACUGCGGUAAGUCUUUUACAGAAAAUGUAAUAGAAAGGCUAAAAAGAUCUCAAAUAGCUAAACAUGAGCGUUUACAAAGAUGGUCAAAUCAAGAAACUCGAGCGUUAAAAAAGAAUGUGUUACAGUUGAAAAAGAAGAUAAGAACUUUAUAAUUACAGAACUAGUAUCAGAAUUAGUGACAAGGGUUUGUAUAGAAUUAGAUGAAGAAAUUAAUUUUGACAUUGAAGUUAAUGAUGAUAUCGAUAAAGGGUCUAUUUCUCGAUAAGAAAAUAUAAUGAGUGUUAAUAAUAAACAUGAAGUUUGUUCAAUAUUGGAUGAAAGCAUUUGUUGUGAAGUUGAAAAAUAUAAAGUUAUACAUGUUGAUAAUAAGGAUAAUGUUUGUUCAGUAUUGGAUGAAAACAUUCGUUGUGAAGUUGAAGAAUAUAAAGUUAUACAUGUUGAUAAUAAGGAUGAGGGAAAAUUGUCAGUAACAAAAGCAUUAAGUCGUAGUUUGGAUGGGAUGGAACUAAAUGAACAUUUAAGUGAUAUGACCAAAGUGUAUAAACGGUUUGGAAAAAAAUUUUCUCAAAAGAAUAAAGAAUUGAACAAUGAUAUUCACAGUAGAGUUGCAAUGAAUGAAAAUGAGCAAAUGAAAAUGGGAAGUAUGUUAACAGGAUUUAUGAAAGUUGGUUUAGUUUCUGAGGCUGAAAAGCUGUUCCAACUAUGGAAAAGUAAUAUAAAGAGUAAAUAAUGCAAUGAUUCCAAAGAGUCAAAAAAGUAUGUCCGUCAAAAGGUUAGGUACACAGAAGAAGAUUGUGAUGCUUACAUAAUUGAUCUUCCAAGACAUCUAAGAAAUAUACAUAAUAUUGAUCCUGAAACAGCAAGGAAAGCAAGAGGUUUUUUUGAUCUGAGAAAAACAAGAUCUGUAGAUGAAGGUGAAAAAUCUAAAAAUAAAACAAAAUACAGAUAUCCUAUUUGUAGCAUUGCUACAUAAAAUAUACAUGAUCAUCUUUAUAGAUCCCCGCAUUAUCUUAAAAAUAAUUUGCCUAAAUAUAGAGAGAUGCUCAGCAAAAAGCAACUUUAUAUUGAAAGUAAACAAUUUACAGUUUCACUAUCACAAACAAAAAAACAAUCUGAAUUAAUUGAUAUCAAGUCUGCUUUACCAAAUUCAACCAGGUCAGGAUUGAUGAAAACAUUGCCAAAUGAAGUCUGUUUUAAAUCUUCUUGCUUGCCAAAUGAACAUAAUAGUAAUCCUUGCAUUGAUGCAUUAAAUGCAGAUGAAUAUAUUUGCAAUGAUUUUGAUGAAACAAAUAAUACAAUUGAAAAAGGAGAAAAUAACCAUAUUUGUUUUCAAGAUUAUCUGCAUACGUUUCUUCUUUAUUUAAAAAGUCCGUCUGGAGGAAAGAAAGAUCCCCAAGCUGCAUUAAAUGAAAUGCAUCAAAUUAGAAGAAUAGUAGAAGUCAUUUCACCUAACUCUUUAAUGCUACACAAUUUGACUACUAUAUGUUAUACAAGUCUUUUAGACCUUAAACUGCUACAAGAGAAAUGGUUUCCCUAUGCUAAACAAAAAGGUUAUGAACCAGGUACUCAACGUUCCUAUUUGUUAUCAUUGAGUCACUUUAUCAAUUUUCUUCUUCGCUCUAAACUAA